AAUUGCAGUGGUGUGAUGACGUUUCGGCUUCCAGGUAUCCCAAGCGGCCUCACAAGUACUACGCCUCGCGCACUGUCUGUACGCCGAGCAGGACAGAUCAACACAAUCAACAUGCCGACCAGAUUAGGCUAUUGGAAAAUACGAGGGCUUGCCCAACCCGUCAGGCUCUUGUUGAGGCAUGCAGGGGAGGAUUAUGAAGAUAUCCUUUACGAACAAGGAGAUGCACCAGGCUUCGACAGGAAUGCCUGGAUGAGUGUCAAAGAAUCUAUUGGUUUAGAUUUCCCAAAUCUUCCCUAUUAUAUGGACGAUGAUGUGAAAAUAACUCAGAGUAACACCAUCAUUAGGUACAUUGCUGGCAAAUAUGACCUCCUGGGUAAGACUAAAGAAGAGAAAGUCCUUUGUGACAUGAUGCUAGAAAACGCCAUGGAUUUCCGGAAUGGAACUGUUCGACUUUGCUACAAUCCCGACUAUGAUAGUAUAAAAGAUGCCUACUUUGAUAGGUUGUUUAAGGUUAUCCUUCCUACAUUUGAGAAAUUCUUGGGUAAAAACUCCUGGUUCGCUCGUGGUGAAAGUGUGACGGCUUGUGAUUUCCCGAUGUACGAACUUCUGGACCAACACACUCUGAUGAAGCCUGGUUGCCUUGAUGACUUCCCAAACCUUACAGCUUUCCAAAAACGCUUUGAGGAUCUACCGAAGAUUAAGGAAUACUUAAAAGAUCCAAGUUACAUUGCCUUUCCUGUCAACAACAAGGUGGCUAAGUUUAGGUAGAUAAUGGAUGUUCCCAUGUCAUAAGAUUCUUCUAAUUCAGUGGAAAACUACUUUACAAUAUUGGAAUGAACUUGAAAAAAAAGGUUUAACAUUUCUGUUUCAAGGUAAAAUUAUCUUCAAAAUUUGUAUUCCAUUUUGUUUUUAUCUUUUACAAUUUUUUUUGUUAUUAAUUUACAAUGGUAUUGAAGACAGUUUUAUGCAUUUAUAUUGAUGACUCUCGUUGUACCUAAUUGAAGUAUGCAUGGGGUCGUAAUGGAUCUGUUUGCAUAUGAAUAAGGAAGUAAGCAGUGAAA